UCGUGCUUGAUGGACGUAUUUUAUUCGCGCUUCUUCUAUAUACCAAAGAAAAACCAAAAAGUCAUUUUCAAUCGCAUGAAACUCUUUGUUAUUGAACUCGGUUUGUUUUCCCAUUUGUUUAACCUCGAUUUCGCCGCUCGUUGUGUGUUUGUGACGAAAGGAAAACCCAAGUGAAACGAAAACCAACUCAAAUUACAUGCAGUACCAAAGUGCUUCUCUAUUUGGCGCCUAAAAACGGAAGGAUACUCUUGGCCUAUGGCUUAAAUCAUCAGCUCUAGCAGAAGGACAUUAACACCAGGAACUGGACCAAUUUUGAACCGAAUACCAAAACCGAAAUCAAACACAACAAUCAACUCUACUCACCGACCUUUCUAGUCUUCUACAUACCCGUUUACACUCAAAACGAAUCUUUUGUACCGACCACUUUUUGGACAAACAUAUCGCUAGUGAAGGAGGACCAGUGAAAGAGCAGUGGCUUAAUCCCCGAUCCAUCCGCCCAAUCCUGCCCCUCCAAGCCGGGAUUAGUCGUAACCCAACCCAAAACCCAGAGAACCGGACCGUGCCCAGUGGCAAAAAAAUCCAAGACGGCGCCACUUAAACCGCAAGCCUACAAAAUUGGCCGAAUGUUAUGUUGUGGCUUCUGCUGUGGCAACAUGUCGAAGCGGGAUUACAAAGUGGCCACCACCGAUGGCAUCGAGCUGGAGCCCUUGGGCGGCGAAAAGUGCGAGAAGGAUAAGGACAAGGACAAGGAGAAGCAGACGAAUGGCGUCACUUUCGGUGGCGAAUCGAGCGGCGGACGGCAGACGCGCACCGGAGUGGCCGUCUGCUCACAGCGCCGAGCUCUUCUUGUGGCCGGAAUCGUUCUCGGCUCGCUGCUGCUGACGGCCAUCAUCAUCGCCUACGCCGGACCACAGAACGACUGCUCCUGCGGAUCGAAAACGGUUUCCGGUUACGAAACGGAUGAAGAGAACAACACGCUGCCCUUCAACCCGAUUGCCACCAACGGGGAGCCCUUUCCCUGGCUGGAGAAGAUGCUGCCCACCAGUGUGCGCCCCCUGCGCUACAUGGUCACCAUCCAUCCCAACCUGACGACACUGGAUGUUAAGGGUCAAGUCACCAUCGAUUUGCACGUGGAGAAAGAGACCAAUUUCAUUGUGCUGCACAUCCAGGACCUCAACGUCACCGAGAAGGCCAUCGUAACCCCGGGGCCCAAGGGAUACGCCCUCAAGAUUGUCAAGGUGCUGGAGUUUCCACCUCGGCAGCAGCUCUACAUCGAGGUGAAGGAGAAGCUGAAGAAGAAGUCCAAUUAUACCCUCAACCUGCGCUGGUACUCCAAGCUCAAUCCGGAGCCCGAGGGUUUCUAUGUGGACCAGUACGAGAGCUCCAACGGCGUGGAAAGAUUACUAGCUGCCACAGUUUUCCGGCCGAAUGGUGCAAGACGAGCGUUUCCCUGCUUCGAUGAGCCGCACGUUCGGGCGCCAUUCCGCAUCUCCGUGUUCCGGGAUCGCUUCCACAUUGGCCUAUCCAACUCCAUUGUGCACACCACCGAGGACGUGGGCUUCUACAUGGGCACGGGAUUGCUCCGCGAUGACUUUAUAGAGACGCCGCCACUGCCUGCCGAUGCGGUGGCCUGGGUGGUAAGCGACUUCCAGCGCGAGUCCCUGCAGCCCUCGGCGGCAUAUAUGCCGACGACACCAGCGCCACCAGGAGCCGGAGUGGGUGGCAAAAAGUCCGCCCAGCUGAUUAACUACACCCAGCUGAAGGGGAAAAACCCGCCGGUACGAAACAUCACUGCCCUGACUCAUUCGUUGAAUGUCAACCUGACGCCGCGCCAAAACCUCACAGUUGUUCAGCCCACGACCACGACAGCUUGGCCAGUGAAUCUCAAUGGUAACGGAAAGCCAUCGAAUUUAACGUCACUUUCCCAGUCCACCGGGUCGUCGAUAAAGCGAGCUCCCUCGUACACCUUCUAUGCGCCCAGGGAUCUGCUGAUUCGCUCCUCCUUUAUUCUGCACACAUCGCGGGACGUUCUGGAGUAUCUGCAAACCUGGUUGGACAUCAGUUAUCCGCUCACGAAAGUGGACUUUGUGGCGUUGCCUUCGCUGGAUCGUAAUAUGAUUUCCUCGCUGGGCUUGGUCACGCUAAAAACCUCGUUUCUGACGGACCCGAGUUCGAUAACCUCGGAGCAAUAUCAGUUUAGCGCCUUGCGUGUUGCCGAGGCGAUGGUGAGGCAGUUUUUUGGUGGAAUCACUUCGCGCAAGGUGCUCAAAGAUGUGUGGCUAUGGGAAGGACUGAUCCAGUACUUGGGCAUCCAUGCCUUGGCUCCACUGCAGGAGAGCUGGCCCCUGAGGGAGAUGUACCUCUUGAAGAUGGCCACGGCGGCAUUGGACAUUGAUGCCAUCCAGGGAUGGGACAGCAUUAUGAAUGGCACCAGUCACGAUGGCAACAACGAGGAGUUCUUUGUCCAGAAGACGGCGGCCAUAUUCUCCAUGUUGCACACGGCCAUCGGUGAGGAUCGAUUUAGGGGCUGCCUCGGUUCGUUCCUCAAGGUAAAUCGAUUCAGGACCGCCGAGCCAACAGAUCUCUGGACCAUUUGCACGAAGAAAGCGAAUGGUUCGAAGAAUAUCAAGGAUAUGAUGACUCUGUGGACGCAUCAGCCGGGUUUCCCCCUUCUUACGGUUACCAAAAUGGGCAAUAGCAUCUCCAUCUCGCAAAGACCCUUCCGACCAGCCGAAUUUCUAGCCAUUCAUGACGACUCGUACGAUGGGAAUAACUACAAUAAGACGGCACUGAAUGCCACGGAUAUGCCGAGUACAGUGGCACCCACAACGCAGGGUAGCAAACACAAGGCAGUGCCACACAUGAAGUGGAUCUUCCCAGUCACCUAUGUUACAGAUAUAAACAACGUGAGCGAAACCCUCUGGAUGCAGAAUGUGGAUGUAACCUUCAAUGUGCCGGAGAACGUCAAAUGGAUAAAAGUGAAUGCCAUACAAAACGGUUAUUAUCGCGUGGUCUACAAUGACGAUAAUUGGGCAAGUCUUAUUGAAGAGUUGGCCACAAAUCCCAAACGCUUCACCAGUGAGGAUCGCUUGGGUCUAUUGUCGGAUGCCUUUACGCUUUGUCAUGCAAAUCUGCUGCCCUGCGAGAUCACCAUGAACAUGAUUCAAUAUCUUCCCAGUGAGACGCACUAUGGACCUAUGGCUCUGGCACUAAGACAUCUAGAAAAGUGGAGACGCAUUCUUAAGUACUCAGAGUGCUUCCUUAUGCUGAGCGAGUUUAUAAAGAUGAAGAUCUCCACGGUAAUGGAAAAGGUGGGCUGGUCGGAUGACGGUGAUGUGGCCACGAGAUUACUGCGACCCGAGGUGCUUUUGGCCUCAGUUCUUUGGGAGGAUAUUGAUAGCAUAACCAAGGCGAAGAACAUGCUAAAUCAGUAUCUAUACUACAAUGGUUCCGCCAUUCAGCCAAAUCUUAGAGAGGUGGUUUAUACCGGCUCUAUUCUGUCCGGGGAGUACAUCUACUGGCAGCACUGCUGGGAACGAUUCGUCAACCUGCAGCGCACCUCGGAGACAUUUGUGGAGCGGAUGCAGUUGCUCCGAGCCUUGGGAAGGACCAAGGACGCUUGGCUGCAGAAUCGCCUGCUUUCGCACGUGACAAUGCUGCCCACCGAGGAGGUGGUGCAGGUGCUCAAGGCCAUUGCCGGCACGCCGACAGGUGGAGCCAUGGCCUGUCGCUUCCUUCAGGCCAAGUGGUUCGAGCUGGAGAAGCGACUCGGACCUGGAACGAUCAGUUUCGCCAAGGUCAUAUCGGCCAUCACCCAAUAUGGGGCCACCAAGUUCGACUACGAUGAGCUCAAAUCGCUGGUUCAUCGCUUCGGUCGAGGUCAAGGGAUGUCGGUGCUGAACAUGACCUUGAGCAGCGUGGCCUCCAACGUGGAGUGGGUGGCCCGGUCGCAGACAUCGCUCUACAAGUGGGUGGAGGGCAACCUGCACUCGCACCGAUAGAGGAGAUCCUCUCACCAUUUAGCUCUUCAGGCUCAUUUGUAAUUAUGUUCCUCUCUCAGACACGAAUCUUAAGUGAACACUUUGAUUUCGCCACAAGUUAACUAACACUACGGAUCUAUAUAUACUCUUUACCAUAUCAUUGCCAGUUCGAUCGAUCUCCUUGGUUUUUUCUGUAGCUGAACUAUAAUUUUAGUUCUAAAGUUAACCCACUCAACUGUAAAUUACGAUUGCUAUGAUCAAGCAGCUCUUAUAUAUGUGUAUAUCUAUCCAAGUGGAGAAAACCUUUUCUAGCACAUGCGAGUGUGUAUAUCUACAACUGAACAUAAGGAUCUAUCUAUAUAUGUAUAUUGUAUAUGUAUGUAUAUUUUACAAACCAAAACCAAACAUAUUUAGAGCAAUGGAUAAUUGUAGAUUGUAAGAACAAAUAAGAACAUAUUUUUUCAUAAAAACCAAAACGAAAUGAAACAAAAGAAGCCCCAGAAUCGAUAAACUAAAUCGCUAAUGAAUGCAUUCCAGUAACUGUAUAGCAUAUGUAUAUUAGUAUUAGUGAGCACUGCGCUCGUGUGUGUCUCCGUGUAUGUGCGCAUCGAAAUAUCACAGAAAUCUUCCUUUUGCCCCAAGAUUAUGUACUUAAAUACCCAUGUAUACCCAUGCUGCCUGACCCAAACCGAAGAUAAUAAUAAACUCAUGAUUUAAGUAUACAUUUCAAAAUCAAUAUUAUCUUCCAAUCGAAAAAUAAUCCCAAUAG